AUGUCCCCCUCCUAUUUGGACUUGGUAUGGUCUGCCAAGCCCCCCACUUCCCCUGCCGCAAUGGCUGCCAUCUCCGCGAUGCAAGGCCCGUCAUCCUCACUGCCGGGCUUCGCGACACCCCUACCCGCCUCUGCGCCCCCAGCCUCAACUCACUCUUCUGCCGCCGCUGGCUCUGACGCAUCCCCCGCUAUCCCCUCCCCGCCUCGCGCACUGCCAUCCUCGGCUGCACAUCGCGUCUUUCCCCCCGGCUUCCCCUUUCAUCUCUUCCACCGUCCCACUCUCACCCUCUCUCCCUUGGCUGAGUCGCACACCCUCCACCGCACUUCCCCUGCCCAGCUCUCCUCCUCUUCCCCGGCUCUACCCCCUUUAUCCCCUCUGCCUGUCCGCCCCCUCCUUACGUUAUAUCCCUCCCUCGACCUCUUAGCCAUCGCUUUCCCCCUCUCCGUCGCUCUCAGGCCCUACUGCCCUCUUCUCCCUCAUCCUCGCCCUUUUCGGCCCCAUCCUUCCUGCCCUCAACCUUUACAUCGGGGUGCCUGCCCUCAUUGUCUCCCAUUUCAGCUCUCCUCGUGCCCUGCACCUUUAACUGCCUCUUCUCACUCUCCCCUCGUACCUGCUGCUCUUGUACCCCAUCCUCAUUUCGCCCCUCCCCUCCCCCUUACCACCACUCUGUUUCCACCCUCUUUCCCUAGUCUCGGCCGCGCUGCGCCUAUGUUUCCCUCCCCUUCGGAGCCCAUGUUUCUCCUCUCCCUUCCGUCCUCACGUUUUGCUACAAUCUUCAUGCUUCCUCAUUCCCUUGGCACAAAUUUCUCCCACUCUCACUACCUUGUCUCUGCCGUCUUCUUUGUGUGCCUGCCCUCUAUCCCCCAUCCCCCUCCCCUUGGACUCUCUCUGUCUACCUCCUGCCCCGACCUUCUCAGGGAACAUUCUGGGGACCCACGCCGGCCCCACCACCUUUCACAAUGA